AUGCAAAGAUCAAGAGCCCUCUCUCAUUUUCGAAACUUCACACGAAAUCAUUUAGCUAAACUGCGGACACCAUUUUAUCAAUAUCUUGAUGAUUUGGGCAAUUCCCGUUUUGUGCUGAGUCCACCUGGAAACGGCCUAGACUGCCAUCGGACUUGGGAAGCGCUGUUAAUGGGGGCUAUACCGAUUGUGUUGUCGUCAACUUUAAAUUCUCUAUUUUCUGGCACUCCAACAAUAAUUGUGUCGACAUGGGAACAGGUAACGGUAGCGUCGUUACGUGCAAUUAACAAUUCACUACUUACCACUCAUAUUCCAGCUGCUCUUCUGGCUCAAUAUUGGCACGCACAGUUUCUAUCCGUACGCCAAUCUCUGCAGUCCAGCUCGGUUAUCGAUCGAUGUAUGUGGGUGAAUUGCUCGAGGACUGCAUCUUUGCGUUGUGAACAGUGAAAUGAUCAUACCUCAACUUUAAAAUGAACAGAUUUUGUUUAUUUACUUUCUAAAUACUCUUCAUUCACUAGCCCACUUACACCAAAAAUACUAAGUUUUCGGACUACUGUUACGAUG